AUAAUCUACGGACAAUGCCGCUGUUGUCUGAAAUAUGGACAUCAUCGAAAUAUUUUGAAAGAAUACCAAAAAGACAGCGUGCGGGAAAUUUACUAUAACAUUUUUGCCGAAUGUUUUAAUUUAUACCUAUCCACAAAUGCAGACAUAAGCAUGCUCAUCUGUACGAGCUGCAUCCAACGCCUUCACGACGCUAGCAGCUUCAAAGCCCUUGUUGUUGACUCGGAGAGACAUCUCCUGACUGCAAUUGGGGAUAAAGAGAUGCUGUGUGUUAAUGUACCAGGAAACCAAGAGAUGUUAACAGACGUGAAAUCAGAGAUCAAGCAGGAAAUGAGUGACGUGGAUGACUUCGAUGGUGACCCAGAUUAUGAACCCUCGGAUGCAGAAGAUGAGCCUACAACACCACGAGAAUAUCAAGUGGAACUAGUGGAGGGAGAAGCGGAACUCCUAGCUCGAUUUAAGCCUGGAAAACUUAUUCCUCCUGACUCUUCAAAAUCAUUAAUAGACCUAUCCAACGCGGCUGAUCUGGUAGCAGGAGAGGCGGAAUUGCUGUCGCGUUUCACGCCGCAAGAAUUGAGACCCCUGCCGAUGACGCGUGACGCACUAUACUUCAUCUGCCCCACAUUUGCCUUGCACUUGGAUCAGCUUAGAGGUAAAGUAAUAACAGCGAAGAUGAUAGCGAAGCAGCUGGAGGACUCCGAACAUAGGCACGAAACCGUCAGCAAGAAAAGAAUCAUAUCUGAAAAACAAGCUCUAAUCACAAACGCAUCAAAUAUAAUAGUAAACUCCAAUGUCACACCGUUCCGAUGCAAAAACAGAACAGGAUUCCCUUGCUUCUACUGCAGAAGCUUAUUCGAGAACCUGGAAAAACUUCAAGAACAUCAAGAAGUUUCACACAAAAGAACAGACGCAAAAAGUGUUCUAGCAACUCUGGGCCCAGAAAGUUUAAUUGUCUAUGUAGAUGUAACAGACUUAAAAUGCACCUUAUGCGACCGAAACAUGGCAAACAUAAAUGAAUUGAAAUCCCACCUAAUUAAGACUCACAAUAAAAAGUUUUACGCAGAUUUCACGGAUCGCGUGGUGCCUUUCAAACUAUCCGGUAAUAACAUUUUCGAAUGCCAAGUCUGCGGUUUUAAUUUCGAAACUUUCGGUUCUAUAGAGAGGCAUAUGAAUGUUCACUUCCGUAAUUACGUGUGCAAUGAAUGUGGUUCAGGCUUCGUGACUAAAUACCGUUUGAAAGUACAUUCGAAAAGCAUGCACGUAGAAGGCAGCCACCCUUGCGAAAUCUGCAAAAAAAUAUUCGCUUCCACUCAAAAAUUAAAAAACCACACGGACGCCGUGCAUAAACUAGUGAAAAGAUUCAAAUGUCCGAAAUGUUCGGAACGUUUCACCGAAUAUUUUCGAAGGCAGAAACAUUUGGUGACGGUUCACGGUGUUGAACCCUUAAAGUACAACUGUAACGUUUGCGAUAGGUCGUUUGAUCGAAGGUUCACUUUGUCGCGACAUAUGAAAAGGGAUCAUUUGGAAGAGCGCAAUUAUCAAUGCGAAAUGUGUUCGUAUAAAUGUUUUACCAAUAACGAAUUACGAGUGCACAUGAUAAAGCAUAACGGGGAGCGGAUUUUCGAAUGUUCGGUUUGCAAGAAAUCUUAUGCGAGGAAGAAAACUUUGAAAGAACACAUGAGAAUUCAUAAUAAUGAUAGGCGUUUUGCUUGCGCUGUGUGCGGACAGGCGUUCGUGCAGAAGUGUAGUCUGAAAGGACAUAUGAAAACUCACCACAUGGAAUACACAUUGUAAUAUAUCACGAUCUUUUACAAUGUACAGUACCAUGGUAUUCAAUUUUUUUGUGGAAUUACUACAAAAACGCAGAUCGAACACUAAAGCGUGAAACAUACAGAACGGGUGCGAGUCGGGCGCGUGUCGGGUCGGGAGCACAACGGGUAUAAAUCCUAUGGACAACACGCUACGAGCAGUUUGUGACACAAACCGUGACUGUAAUGAGAAACAAGGCCCGAGUUUUAUUUUUGGGCAUUAUAAUCAAGCCUGCUUGCAAUAAUACAAUUGUGUUGAAAAGUUCAUUAUGCUAUGUACAAUUUCGUUAUGUAUUUUCGCUCCCACUCCGUUCGGAAUGUAAAUUCAGUCUUAACACUUCACAGACAUGAAUUCAAAUUUAAAAUAAGACAGUUUAUUUGUUACUUCCGUUGAAGUACUUCCGAAAAGAUGCCCCGGCUACGUGAGCUAAGCUAAGUUAGCUAUAGUCCAUCUGUUUAGGUACUUAAAUAAAUGUAAACAAUCUUGAGAGGUCUAUUUAAUGAAAUAUACAUUUAUAAAAUGAUUUUCCCUUA